CAAUAAUCUCACCGUCUGUACUCAACAAUACAACGCUGAAACGUAAAAAAUAACAAGGUCAGGUACAGUAAGAAAUGUCUGUAACGACCACCAUUGGCAAAAUAAAGUUCUUUGUGAACAGGCGGUCCCUCAACACAGGUUUUAACUUCAGCAUUAAUUGAGGAACAAAAUGGAAAACCACGAUGAAGACGGUCACGUGAGUGAGGAGUUUCUGGCAUGCCCUAUUUGCACUGAAGAGUAUGUUGACCCGCGUUCUCUCCCUUGCCUACAUACAUUCUGUCUGAACUGUGUUGCGGAUCACAUAGAUGCAAAUACAAAAGGAAUACACGUGCCAAAGGGUUUUGAUUGCCCGAAAUGUCACCAGUUUGUGGAUUCGCCAAACGUCUUACAAGGACCAAGUUCUUGGGCGGAAUCAUUGCCACAGAACCAGUUUAUAAUUGGUCUGAUAGAGGCUGUAAAACUGAGGUCCGAGGGCAGAAAGUGUGAUCCUUGUGAUAAACGCGGUGAAUCCACGUUGGCGGCCAUGUGGUGCGAGAACUGCGGCGAGGCUAUGUGUGAGGAUUGCGAGAACCAGCACAGCAGCCUGAAGAUAUCCAGGAACCAUACAUUGGUAGACAUUGCCAGUAUCAAACUUCAACCUAUAAAAAGCACGUUGCUAAGGACACCGUGUCAGGAACACGACGGAAAGUUCCUGGAUUUCUACUGCGAGGAUCACGCACAGGUGAUAUGCUCCACGUGCGCCACCGGUUUCCAUCGCUUAUGUACUAGUAUUCUCAGCUCCUCCGAGGCGGCCUCCAAACAGCGUGAUGAGGCUAAAGGGGUCAUGGAGAAGCUCAAACAUCAAACCAGCUGGGGUCUUCGUAUCCUUGACAACAGAAAACACGCCAUCCAAACUAUAGAAGAUGCCGCCAGUAAUGUGAAGAAGCAGAUAUCUAAUAUACGACAACAGAUCAACGAUAUACUCUCCGCACAGGAAGAACGGGCUUUAGCUGAGCUUGAAGAUUUAAAGAAAGGUGAAGUAGUUCAAUUUCAAAGAGAAAUCGAGCGUACCCAGGAUCUUGUCAACACGACGAAAAAUGCAAGUGCAGUAUUACAAAACUCCAUGACACAUGGAACCGACGCCGACGUGCUGAUCACUUACAACAAGGCUAGACGCGAAGGCAACUUUUGUGAGAAGAGCUUGAAAGAAGUAUCGAGGCAUCUGAAAGAUGUUUUUCUAGUCUUCUCUCCCGACAAGAGUUUGCAGAUGUUUCUGGGAACACUGAAAGAGAUGGGCAAGUUUUCUCUUUCCCACCAAGAAGUCCGUAUUCCGCCUCCAUACACAGUCCGUGCAGACACAAUUCUAAUUCCAGAGGAGAGAAUUGUAGAAUCUUCCAAUGGAUCACCAGAUUUAAGUACCCAUAGAAAGACCAAUCGUGAGAAGAAAGAUACAAGGAACAUCGACAACGAUCUCAAAAUUUUCCCGCCCUCUCCUUCUUUAACACCAGUUCCGGUGCAGCAAAAGAGGCACGAUAUCCCACAAGGCAAGCUGGAAGUAUACUUCAAAGUCCGGAAUUCCCAGGACCGAGAUAACUGCUGUAUUACUGGUGCCGAUAUUCUUAAUGACGGUCGAAUUGUCCUGGCAGAUCAAGCUCACCGUAAGAUCAAAGUAUACGAUCCUGAUUACCGUUGGGUUGGAGAGCGCGUGCUGUCGGCUCGGCCAUUUGAUAUCGCCGCCAUUUCUAGCAGCGAGAUUGCCGUAACACUGCCAAGAGAGAAGAGAUUUUUGUUGCUUCAAGUGCGAGAGUCAGAUAUUACGAUUCUUGCCGCCAUUCAGACCGGAGCCAAGUGUUGGGGAGUUUCGUAUUCAAAUUAUAUGCUUGCCGUCUGCUGCUAUGACUCUCCACCAUGUGUGAAGCUGAUGUCACGUGACGGGCGCGAGCUGAAGGUCAUAAGCAAGGACAAUGUAGGUCAUAACCUCUUCUUUUUCCCAGAAUACAUUGUUCUUGACCGUACAGCGGGGUGUAUGUAUGUGACCGAUCGUUACAAGAAAACUGUCAUCGCUCUUACAACACAAGGUGAAAAACUCUGGGAAGUCCGCUAUGACGGUCUCAAAAUGCCAAAAGGAAUCGCGUUGCAUGGCAACCGACUAUUUGUGGCGGGAAAUAAAUCACACAAUAUUCUGAUGGUGAGUACAGAGGGUGAAAUCAUGGGUGACGUUAUUGUUGAAGGAGUGAACAACCCACACAAGAUCGUUCUAACUCCAAACUCAGACAAACUUCUUGUCACACAGUACAAUAUGACUUUGAUUGAUGUAGAAAGAAACACGAUUAAGGUUUUCUCGUUACCAUGGUAACGUUAUGGUAAUAGAUUCAUUGACUGUUAGCGACACAAACAGAAGUAUGAUUGCGAGUGCUUCUCGUAAUGAAAUUUAGUUAAUUGUAUUACAAGAAAACUACGACUACAAAUGGAUCUAAAUGUUUAAAUUGAGCUUCAAACAGCUGGUACAUUUAUUAAGGGUGUGGGGAAAGUUCGGUGCCAUUUGAAAAGUAAACUGGCCAGCAUAGCAAAAACAGAAAGUAAGA